AUGUACGCAUACAUAUAUAUAUAUACAUAUAUAGAGAGGUAUAAGAAUUUCAUAUAUUCGCGCAAGUGUCAGGUAUCAGGUGUCAGGUGUCAGGCUAAUAUGUAAUUUAAAGAUGGCUGCUGUACAUAAACUUUUCCGGCUUAUACCGAGGACAAAGUUUUUAAAUAAUAAUGGCUAUUAUGUCAGCCAGAACCCACGGUCAUUUUGUACGAUGAUGCAGCAACCACAGAAAACACAAAGUUUAGUGAAAAUCGGUUUAAUCGGUGCUGUUACCGGCGUUGUUUUGGGUGCAGGUUAUGCCCUUCACGAGAUCAACAAAACUCGAGAAAAUAUCGCUCUGGAAGGAACGCAGGCAGAAAUUACAUUAUUGAAAUAUAAACCUCCUGUCACACCAUCCAGGAAGAUUGCAUCUCCAGUGGAUACUACGGGUUUAAAUGUCACGUUAUUUCAGUAUCAAACAUGUCCGUUUUGUUGCAAGGUUCGAGUUUUUUUAGAUUAUUAUGGGAUAUCUUAUGAUGUCGUGGAAGUAGAUCCAGUGCUCCGUAAAGAGAUUGGAUGGUCCUCUUAUAAAAAAGUUCCAAUUCUUUUGACUAAAGUAGAAGAAGGCUAUCAACCUUUGAAUGAUAGUUCCAUGAUAAUAUCUCUCCUUGCGUCUCAUUUACAUGACAAGUCUUAUAAAGUUGAAGAGUUGGCUAACUAUUAUCCAAGCAUAGCGAUGCAUGAUGAACAUGGCAAAUUUAAAUAUGAGAUCAUAAAUAAAUAUUUCCUCAUGUUUAAUAAAAAUCUUCCAAAGGACAGAUCAAUAAAUGAUAUAACUGAAGAACGUAAUUGGAGAAAAUGGGCAGACGAGAUAUUAGUUCACACUCUUUCGCCAAAUGUAUACAGGACAAUUGAUGAAUCUUAUAGAACUUUCAAUUGGUUUUCUGAAGUCGGCAAAUGGGAGGAAUACUUUCCAUUAUGGGAACGAAUGUUAAUAGUUAAUGUUGGUGCAACAGCAAUGUGGUUGAUAGGGAAAAGGCUCAAGAAGCGACAUCGUCUAAAAGACGACGUUCGACAAUCAUUAUACGACGAGGUGAAUUACUGGUUGCGUGCUAUUCGUUCGCGCGGCACCGAGUUUAUGGGUGGCAGCAAGCCCGAUCUAUCUGAUCUUGCAGUAUAUGGUAUCUUGAAAAGUAUUGAAGGCUGUGACGCUUUUCAAGAUUUAUUAACUCAUACGAAAAUCGGCAUUUGGUAUAAUGGUAUGAAAGAACAAGUCGAUACACAUUCUGGUAGUGUGAAUUUAAGUAGAUAAUAUAUACGUACAUCAACGAUUACAAUUCCGUGUGUAAAGAAAAUUAU